AUGUGUUUGCUUGAAUUAGCAUCAGUGGUUUUGCUUCAAAUUAUUUUAAAAUUACUAAUCUUUGAAAAUAUCUUUACAGACUUGCCUAGUAAAAUCAAUGUAGCUGCCUGCUCAAAUGAGAGCUUUUCUAUUUCCUGGAAUAAAAGCCUUGUUAAAAACUACACCUGCUAUUCUGUUGUGUGGGGCCUGGUUCAUGGAAACAAGUCAUCACAAUCAUUUCAUUCUCUGUCAGAGAAUAUAACCUUACGAGGGACCUUGGAACCUUACAAAAUAUACAGAUUCACUCUACAUUUAAGACACAAUAAAUCCCCCUGCAACUUGAAAAGUCUGAAUAACAGUGAAAGCACAUAUGGCAGGACGGAUGCUUAUUGCAUUGAAGGAAAACCAAAGAGUGGACCUACCAACGUGACCUACAGCAAUGUUACAAAAACAUCAGCUGUGAUAAACUGGAGUAAAGUACCCCGAGAGGAUCUGCAGGGAUUUCUUCAGGGCUAUAUAAUCCACUAUAGAGCUAAAGAUACAAGUGCUUCCUCAGCAGUCACUGUUAAUGCCUCCACAAACAGUUAUCUUUUAACAAAACUGAAGAGCAAAACAAUCUACAAAGCCAGUGUGUCUGCCUUCACAGCGGCUGGGGAGGGAGUCCGAAGCGACCAAAUCAUAUUUGAAACAAAGAAAUACGCUGAGACUGAUGAUAAAGAUGCCGACAGCCUGCAUAUCGUUGAAGAUUCGUCAGGGAUGCUUGCAGAGACUGAGCAGCUUCAAAAUGAAACUGUCCAAAGCAACAUGGAUCCCAGUCCAACAAAUCCAGCCCUCCUGCCUGUCAGUGAUUAUACCACCAUGAAGUUCUUUCAUCAAGUCAUGCCUCACGCAUCCAUAGCCACUGCUGUAGCUCAUGUCCAGCCAGGCAGACAGAAUGACAUAGAGCUGAGUGCCAUGGCAACGCUGAAGGGUGUGGCAGCCCUUGACUAUCUAAAGCAAACAUUUGGCAAUGUUUACUCCAAUGCAAAAAUGCCACAAUUGACACAAGGAUAUGAAUGUCAAGCACAGAAUCUUUAG